CAUACCACUGCACUCCAGCCUGGGCAACAGAGUGAAACUCUGUCUCAAAGUAGGAAAAAUAAAUAAAUAAAUAAAUAAAUAAAUGAAGAGACAGACCACUUCUCCGUCUUUGCAGAUAUAGCCAAGAUUAUUCUCCCAUUCAAGUAGACUCACACAUUCUCUCUGUUCUCAGUUCCACACCGGAGAGGAGGGGAUUUCCCUAGGAUCACUGGACCUGCUGGGCUCAGCCUCUGCCCAGCCCUGGCAGGGGAGGGAGUUGACGGGCUGACAGAGGAAACUCCCCUGGAACCUGUUUCUCAGCUUCCUGGCCCGGCUGGGGCACCCACUGGAAAGAGAGGCCAGGCGGAAGACCCUGGCCCCGUCAUGGCCUCUGCCUUGAGGCCACCCCGUGUCCCCAAGCCUAAGGGUGUCCUACCUUCACACUACUAUGAGAGCUUUCUAGAGAAGAAGGGGCCCUCUGACCGGGAUUACAAGAAGUUCUGGGCAGGCCUCCAGGGUCUCACCAUUUAUUUCUACAAUAGCAAUCGGGACUUCCAGCACGUGGAGAAACUCAACCUGGGAGCGUUUGAGAAACUCACAGAUGAGAUUCCCUGGGGAAGCUCACAUGACCCUGGCACCCACUUCAGCCUGAUUCUCCGGAAUCAGGAGAUCAAGUUCAAGGUAGAGACCUUGGAGUGCCGGGAAAUGUGGAAAGGCUUCAUCUUAACUGUGGUGGAGCUCCGUGUCCCGACCGACUUGACCCUGCUUCCUGGGCACCUAUACAUGAUGUCUGAAGUCUUGGCCAAAGAGGAGGCGCGCCGUGCACUGGAGACACCCUCGUGCUUCCUGAAGGUGAGUCGGCUGGAGGCACAACUGCUCCUGGAGCGCUACCCUGAAUGCGGGAACCUGCUGCUGCGGCCCAGCGGGGACGGCGCUGACGGCGUGUCGGUCACCACGCGGCAGAUGCACAAUGGGACGCACGUGGUCCGGCAUUACAAGGUGAAGCGGGAGGGCCCCAAGUACGUGAUCGAUGUGGAAGAGCCGUUCUCUUGCACCUCCCUGGACGCCGUGGUCAACUAUUUCGUGUCGCACACUAAAAAGGCGCUGGUGCCAUUCCUGUUGGACGAGGACUACGAGAAGGUGCUAGGCUACGUGGAAGCCGAUGAGGAGAAUGGCGAGAGUGUGUGGGUGGCGCCCUCCGCCCCGGGCCCAGGUCCUGCACCCUGCACAGGUGGCCCCAAGCUGCUGCCACCUGCGUCUGUGCCUGUGUCCAGCCAGGACAAGCUGCCCCUGUUACCCCCACUGCCCCCACUACCGAACCAGGAAGAGAACUACGUGACCCCCAUUGGAGAUGCCCCAGCUGUUGACUAUGAGAACCAAGACGUGGCUUCCUCUAGUCAGCCAGUCAUCCUGAAGCCAAAGAAGUUGCCAAAGCCUCCUGCAAAGCUUCCAAAGCCACCCGUUGGACUCAAGCCAGAGCCCAAAGUCUUUAAUGAUGGCUUGGCCAGGAAGCUGCCAGUCAGUUCAGCCCAGCCUCUCUUCCCCACAGCCGGUAAGGGGUCUGCAGGGUCAGUGCGGGGGGGGCUUCCCAGGUGUGUGACUGUGCAGUCACACAGGGCCCCACACUCUGAAGCACCCUGCCUUUUAAGGUUCUGCUGUUUCUGUCUUGAAAUUCCUAAUGCCUUCGAGCACACUGUCAUGUUGCAUGGGGCCCUGCACAUCUGUAGCUGGUCCUGGGUGGCUGUCAGGGCCCUGGGCAUGGACUGGGGAUCCCUGAGCCAGCUGCAGCUCCCAGUCCUGAACCCCCAGGGCUGGCAGACAUGACGGCAGAGCUACAGAAGAAGCUGGAGAAGAGGCGGGCACUGGAGCACUGAUUCGGACAUGCCAGGGACCAGCGGGCCAGUCCUGGGGCAUGGCCCAGCAGCCAGAUUCUUUUUCCCAGGAUUAAAACUCUGACCCCAGGA